AAGUGAUGUCUGCCAGAUUUCCCCACUGUAAAGUUACUGUUUGUCUUUUUCCAUGUUCUAUUCAUUAGGAGUGGGUGGCUAAGUCCAGCCCACACUGUAGGAGAUGGGGAGUGCCAGCUGUUUUUAUUUCUAUCAUUUCAAUUUGUUUCAUCCUCAUGGCUUUAUUAUCAUCUCACUACUUCUCAGAGAUAUGGUUGUAAUGAGCUAGACUUGCACAAAGUUACUCAGCUAUAAAUGGUAAAGCUAGAAUUUGAACUUAUAUCUGUCUGGCUUCAAAGGCCAUGUUCUUUCCACUUCAUGUUACUGUCACCAAGUAAAGAGGAUCUCACAGUCUCCAAGGUGGAAGCUGCCUCUCAGCUUGUCUGGAUGGUGUUUUUCAAAUCCAUCCUUGGAGUGUGACCCAUCAGUGGGUCAUGAGAAGAUGAACGUUGAAGUCUUGGAACCCUGAGAAUGAAUCUGGAAAAAUUCAAAAUAUGGUCGUCUUAGGCAAGUUUCCUUGUCCGGCUCAGCUGCUGAGACCACACAUCUGGACCCUCAGUGCCCCGGCAGCAGCUCUGUGCAGGCAGGAUGAAGUAUAGGCUUAGGUCAAGCAAUCAGCAGUCAAAAUCCACACUCCCACCCGUGAGUGGCUGUUCAACCUUGAACACGUUACUUUUCAUGUUAAUGAAACCCGGUUUUCUAGUCCUGUAGAUUUGGGGCUAUCAUCAACCAUUAAGUUACAUUAAACCCAACGCCACACAGGCAAGUACCUAGCAGUGUCCAAAGGCCCAAAAAAUGACACUUUUUCAUCUUUUCUCUUCCCUCCAAUGGAAAGACUAGUGGAAUAUCCACAACUACUUUGACCAAAAGCCAGAAGCCAGCCAGUUUGAGCGUAGCUGUUACAGCUUUGUGUUCUAAACCUAAGAAAUGGGGACCCCUCACACAAGAGUGGGGAGGCUUCUGGAUGUGCUACAAAUUCCAUCUUAUUUUCAUGGACUCAAGUUUUAAUUAAUAAAAUCUCAAGGUUCUCCUCCCUCUUUCCCCUCACAUUUCUUCAGAGAAACGAAGAGUUCAAACUCACAGCCCAAGCGCUCAGGUUUUAAAUUAGACAACUUUGUCCUGACAGGAACCAAGUCACAGCUGUCAUACCUGAUUACUUUUAGAGUUACUACUAAACCCUUUGUAUGGCAUGAGCUGCCACUGUUCAAGGCAAACAGAAAGACUUUACAUUUUUUCAUGACAGCCCUGGAGCUAUCCACCUCCCUAUGUUCAUUAUUCUCAGCCUGUCUUUGGAAGGGAUGAUGCAGCAUCCUGACAAUCAUAUAGUGAGGAAAGCAGACCCCAUGGCCUGUCACUACAGCCUAGGGAUUUUAAGCCCCCAAAGUGCAGCAAAACCCACUGCCUCCAGAAAGCCAAGGAAAAUUAUUUCUGGGGGACAUAGCUGCCUCAUAGCCUUCUAUGAAUGAACCAUCAUCUUUCAUGAGAGGCAACCAUUGACCCUCAAGUAACCAACCAAUAAGAACAUCCGUACACAAAUGCCCACAGGCGUUGGCUGGGAUUGGCUGGCUUGUGGAUGAUGUCACAGUUUCCCUCCUCUGACUCAACAAUGCCAUCACCACUGAAAAGGCUGAGCCCUGACUGCAGCUCUUGCAGACAGAAAAACUCACCACAAGCAGAGCACCUUCUAAAUUGCUCCUGGAGUGUGGGGACAACAGUCUCUCCUGUUCAAGUUACUGAAUCCAGAAAAAAGAUGAACUUAUGAACAUGGGAAAAGAAAUCCAGCUAAAGCCUAAGGCAAAUGUCUCUUCUUACAUCCACUUUUUGCUGAAUUACAGAAACAAAUUCAAGGAGCAGCAGCCAAAUACCUACGUUGGCUUUAAAGAGUUCUCUAGAAAGUGUUCGGAAAAAUGGAGAUCCAUCUCAAAGCAUGAAAAGGCCAAAUAUGAAGCCCUGGCCAAACUCGACAAAGCCCGAUACCAGGAAGAAAUGAUGAAUUACGUUGGCAAGAGGAAGAAACGGAGAAAGCGGGAUCCCCAGGCACCCAGACGGCCUCCAUCAUCCUUCCUACUCUUCUGCCAAGACCACUAUGCUCAGCUGAAGAGGGAGAACCCGAGCUGGUCGGUAGUGCAGGUGGCCAAGGCCACAGGGAAGAUGUGGUCAGCAACGACAGACCUGGAGAAGCACCCUUAUGAGCAGAGAGCGGCUCUCCUGAGAGCUAAGUACUUCGAGGAACUUGAACUCUACCGUAAACAAUGUAAACAAUGUAAUGCCAGGAAGAAGUACCGCAUGUCAGCUGGAAACCGGUGCAGAGGGAAAGGAGUCAGGCAGAGCUGAUGGAUCCAGUUUGAAAAAAUAAAAUGCCAUUCAA